CCUGAAAGCGGGUACCCUCGCUCGUGCAGACUGCUGAACAGAGCGUCUCGGGGACUGGUGAAACUUGUUUCGUUACAACUAGGCUAUUGCCUACCCACUUGUGUUGCCAACGGACCGAUGCCUGUGUAACAGACCUGUAACGGAGUUUGUACUGAAUGGAAUAAUAUCUCUGGCGUCCAAGUUCUGAAUCUGAUGCGGUUUUCACAGGUGUGGGAUUUGUAACACUGCGCUGGUGUGACAUCGUUCGCAUGUAAACCGAUUGAGCAGGAUUGACUCUUGGAAGUGGACAAAAGAUGGACUACUGUUAAUUUUUAUUCACAAUGGGAUUAAAAAUAUUUAUUUGCCUCGGUUUAUUCUGCGUCACCUCAGUUUUAGGGUUCGGGAUUGAUCCUGCUCUAUGCAUCAAUGUUUUCGAUGAAUUGACGCUUGGAGAUGGUUUUGAUGGAGUUACUCAAGUCCAGGGCUUCCACAGCGAGUCUCGGGCGUUCCACUUUCAAGGUUCGUCCAGAGAGGUGAAGGCUCCUGAGGAUGUGUCUGAGCGGAUGCUCCAGAAGCUGAGGGGCCGGAGGGAGUUCACCGUUGUGGUCACCCUGAAACAGGAGCACUUCAACUCUGGGGUCAUCCUCUCCAUCCACCACUCUGAACAGAGGUUCCUGGAGUUGGAGAGCAGUGGGCAGCGCAAUGAGGUGCGUCUCCACUACCGCACCAAGGGUCAGAAGGCCCACACCGAGGUGUUUCCCUACAGCCUGGCAGACGGACAAUGGCACAAGGUUUCUGUGGCUGUCAGCGCCUCCCACAUCAUACUGCACGUUGACUGCAACAGGAUCUAUGAGAGGGUGGUGGAGAUCCCAUUCAUGGACAUCCCUGAGGACACAACUUUCUGGUUAGGGCAGCGGAGCAGCACCCAUGGCUUUUUCAAGGGUGUAAUGCAGGACGUUCAGAUAUUAGUCAUGCCUCAGGGAUUCAUCUCCCAGUGCCCAGAUCUCAACCGGACUUGCCCAACCUGCAAUGACUUCCACGGACUGGUGCAGAAGAUCAUGGAACUGCAGGAUAUCUUAGCCAAAACAUCCAGCAAGCUGUCCAGAGCAGAGGAGAUGAUGAAUGGUCUGGAUGGAUGCUACUGUGAGAGGACCUGCAGCGUCAAGGGGGUCGUCUACAGAGAGGACGAAUCAUUGACAGAUGGCUGCAGGAACUGCACAUGCACGAACGGCACGGUGCAGUGUGAGACUAUCUCCUGCCCUCCCCCUCAGUGCCCAGCGGACACCACGCCUGCCUACGUGAAGGGUGCCUGCUGCAUGGAGUGCCAACCUGUAUGCCAUUUCGGAGAAGAAGAGUUGGUGGAGGGAGAUCAGAAAGCAGUGCAUUAUAACUCUGGCAGAUGCCAGCUGUCCGAGUGCAGGGAGAGGACCAUGCAUCGGGUCGUCAUGACUAGCCCCUGUCCUGAACUCAACUGUCCAGAGUCCGAGCAGAUCACCCUCACCGACAGGUGCUGCAAAGUCUGCAGAGGUCACGACUUCUGUGCGGAGGGCCACGGCUGUGUGGAGCACUCUGACUGUAUCAACUUGGAGGCUGGGGCCUGCUGCAGCUGCAAGGACGGCUUCCGCCCGCUCCGAGACGACAACGCAUACUGUGAAGAUAUCGAUGAGUGUGCAGAAGGGAAGCACUACUGCAGGGAGAACACCAUGUGUGUCAACACCGCCGGCUCCUUCAUGUGUGUCUGCCACACGGGCUACAUCAGGAUCGAUGACUACUGCUGCACGGAGCAUGAUGAGUGUGUGAGCGGACUGCACAGCUGCGCCCAGAAUGCCCUCUGUUUCAAUACGGUGGGGGGACACAGCUGCUCUUGUAAGCCGGGAUACACUGGCAAUGGUACCAUCUGCAAAGCGAUGUGUGAUGGCCUGUGCCAGAAUGGAGGAACCUGCAUCUCCCCUAAUAACUGCAUCUGCCAGCUAGGCUUCACAGGGAAGAUGUGUGAGACAGACAUUGAUGAGUGUUUUCAUGGUUUCGUGGAGUGUGAUGACAAAGCCAUCUGUGUCAACCUGCCCGGGUGGUACCACUGCGAGUGUCGGGAUGGCUACCACGACAACGGCUUGUUCUCUACUAAUGGGGAGUCGUGCAUAGAUAUCAAUGAAUGCAAGACAGGGAGGAACACCUGUGCCAAUGACACGGUGUGCUUCAACUUGGAAGGGGGCUAUGACUGCAGGUGCCCCCACGGGAGGAACUGCACCGGAGACUGUAUUCAUGACAACAAAGUCAAACACAAUGGACAGAUCUGGGUGCUGGACAAUGAUAGGUGCUCAGUCUGCUCUUGUCAGACUGGCCGGGUGAUGUGCAGGAGGAUGGUGUGUGACUGUGAGAACCCGACAGCUGACCUGUUCUGCUGUCCAGAGUGUGACCCUCGCCUCAGCAGCCAGUGUCUGCACCAGAACGGCCUGCUGACCUACGGCAGUGGAGACACCUGGGUGGAGAACUGCCAGCAGUGCCAGUGUCUGCAGGGGCAGGUGGACUGCUGGCCCCUGUUGUGCCCCCAUGUGGACUGUGAAUUCACGGUGGUGCCCGAGGGCGAAUGCUGUGCCCGCUGCGUCACUGAUCCCUGUCAGGCCGACACCAUCCGCAACAACAUCACCAAGACGUGCAUGGACGAGCACGGCAUCCAGCGCUUCAGCGGCUCCUCCUGGGUCAAACACAGCACCGAGUGCACCCUCUGCCAGUGCAAGAAUGGACAUAUCUGUUGCUCAAUGGACCCCAUGUGCCUUUAGUUCCUGAAGAUCUGAAGGUACCUCCCUGUACAGUGUUAUCCAUGUAAAAACAACCAGCGUUUUCCACCCUCCAGCCCAACUUCUUUAUACCAAAUACAAAACAUGUAUCAUAGAACACAGAUGGACUACAGUACCCACAAGCCCCCCUCUGUGUUCAGCCUCACUAAUCAGGGUGACCCAUGUGCAUUGAGGAACACCCCCAAAUCAUCUGCAACAUGACGCUGUAAAAUACUAUUAUACUGGCAUGAAUGUGCUCGAUGUAGAAACAUUUUGCUAAUUUCUAAACUCUUUAAAUCUCAAUGAUAUCCUAGAUAGUGGUUGUUUUAGUGUAAGUUUCCUUUGCUAAAUUAUUAAAGUCGUCUAUAUUUUGUGGUCCUCUAGCAUUAUUUUCUAUUCAUCUUUUACAUUUAUUUCCAGGCUUGUUAAUGUGUAAUGGUGAAUAAAGUAUUUCAAUUUA